AUGUCAACCUCCUCACUCACCCCCCCGCCUUACGCGCGGGAACUCCUCGUCGCACAGCUGGCUGUGCAGCGCGCUGCUGUAGCUACGAAGCGUGUGCUCGCGACCAUCAACGCGACCAGCGUACAGCCCAACAACAUACCAGCACCCCCGGCUCUCUCCACCGAGACCUCGACCGCCACGGAAGCGACCGCUUCAGGCCCGCCCACGCCCACCCGCGAAGGGGGCCAAAACAUCGGGCAAUACCUGCACCCAUCCUCCUCCCCGCUAUCACCCAUCUCCGACCCCUUCGCCGACAUCAACCCUUUCCCCACUUCCUCCUCCACCUCCCGCAAGCAGGCCCCCAACUCCGGAGUAACCAACACCAACACCAACAACCCAAUCCGCCGUCUCUCCCUGGCCAAACCCGACCUUUCCCCGGUCACCAUCGCCGACCUAGCCGCACAAGCCCUCCUCAUCGCCGCCGUCCACGACGCCUUCCCCAACGACCUCAUCCUCGGCGAGGAAGACGCCGCCGCGCUCCGGGAAGACCCCGACUUGGCCGCGGGCGUGUGGGGCGUGAUCCAGGAUGCGCUGGACUACCUCGACGAUGUGGCCGCCACGAAUCCCAGACGUGGCGGAAUUGGUGCAGAGGAAAUCGAGCUUGCCCGGCCGCGGGACGUGGCUGAUAUGAUCCGGUUGAUCGAACUCGGCGGUUCGACCGAGCAAGAAGCAAUAACAGCAACAACAACAGCAACACAAACAAUAACCGCAGCAGCCGGCCUAGCCGCUGGUAGAAGGGUAUGGUGUCUGGACCCCAUCGACGGCACGAGCGCCUACAUGCAGGGUGGGCAAUACGCUAUCUCGCUCGCGUUGCUGGAACACGGCCGGGAGGUGGUCGGGGUUCUGGGGUGUCCGAACUGGGCAUAUGAGGCGGACACCGAACCGGGCGCGUGGCGGGUGGUUGAGAAUGAAGUGGAUCGGGAUGGGAUGGGGUUAGUGAUGGCUGCUGUGCAGGGCCAGGGGGCGUGGGUGCGGCCGAUGUGGGUUGAGAAGGGGUUGAAAGUUGGGCGGAAGGUGGAUCGCAGACACGGGGUCUCCUUCCAAACGACCACGACGACGGUAACGCAAGAUUUGAGCAACCUACACUUUGUCGACUCGCAAAAGAGCCCCGCGACACUAUCCCAAAAAGUCCAGGCCUUCGCCGACCGCGUGGGCGCCGAAUACCCAGGCACCAACCUGUACUCGUCACACAUGCGGUACGCAGCCAUGGUGCUAGGCGGGCGGGAGUUUGUCCAGAUCCGAUGGCCGAAGCCGUCGAAGGGCCCCUGGUCUACGUGGGACCAUGCCGGGUCGCAGCUGAUUUAUGUUGAGUCCGGGGCGGGAAGAGUGACAGAUCUUGAUGGGAAGGCGAUUGAUUUCCGUGCGGGGAGUACGAUGUCGCGGAACUGGGGGCUGAUUACGGCGGAUGAGGAGGUUUAUGAGGAGGUUUUGAGGAUUGUUAACGAGAUGCGGAAGGAGUGA